AUGUUAUUAACAUGGUAUGAUGGAGUUACACCAUUUAAGUUAUCACGCCAAUUAAUACAAAAAGUAUCAGAUUUUAUGUUCAAUAAUCGCUUAAAUUUACCAUUAGAGUUUGCAAGGAAGCCUCGUGAACUUAAGUAUCUUUUGAGGUGGAAAGGAGUUGAAUAUCGAACUUUUCUGCUGUACCUUGGAGUAGUAGCUUUAAAAGGUGUUUUAGAUGACAAAAAAUACAAUAAUUUUUUAACAUUGAAUGUGGCAAUGUCUAUACUGCUUAAUCCAAAAACAUGUAACAAUGAAGAAAUGAGGGAAUAUGCAAGAUCUCUUCUACAACAUUUUGUGCAAACGUUUAUGAUUCUCUACAAUGAAAGUUUUAUAACUCAACAUUUUCAUGGGCUAAUACAUCUAGUUGAUGAUGCUGAACAUUUUGCACCUAUGAUUGAUGCAUUUACACUAGACUCAAUUUCUGCAUUUCCGUUUGAAAAUUGUCUUUAA